CGGCCCCGGCGGGAGGGCGGGAGGGGAUGUGGAGAGCGGGCAUGGCCGCCGGGGACGGGCUGGGCCCGGCGCUCCGCGCUGUCACCGAGCAGCUGCAGCAAGCGGCGGCGCGCCGGCCGCAGGGACUCCCGGCCGUGCAGCCGCGCCUCGUGGCCGUCAGCAAGACAAAGCCGGCCGAGAUGGUGAUGGAGGCCUACAGCCACGGGCAGCGCAGCUUCGGCGAGAACUACGUCCAGGAGUUGCUGGAAAAGGCAUCAGAUUCCAGAAUUCUGUCAUCUUGUCCGGACAUCAAGUGGCAUUUUAUUGGCCACCUGCAGAAAGGCAAUGUCAACAAACUGAUUGCUGUCCCAAACCUGUUCAUGUUGGAAACUGUGGAUUCUGUGAAACUGGCWGACAGAGUCAACAGCUCGUGGCAGAAAAAAGGAUCAUCUCAGAAGCUGAAGGUCAUGGUGCAAGUGAACACCAGUGGGGAGGACAGUAAGCACGGCCUUCCCCCCGGGGACACCACUGCUGCUGUGGAGCAUGUCAUCAACAAAUGCCCCAGCCUGGAAUUCGUGGGGCUGAUGACCAUUGGCAGCAUUGGCCAUGACCUCAGUAAGGGCCCAAAUCCUGACUUCCAGAUGCUGCUGUCCCUGCGACAGGAGGUGUGCCAGAAGCUCAACCUCCCUGUGGAGAAGGUGGAGCUGAGCAUGGGCAUGUCCACRGAUUUCCAGCACGCAAUAGAGGUUGGAUCUACMAACGUCAGGAUUGGCAGCACUAUUUUUGGAGAGAGGGAUUAUUCCAACAAAGCYAUGGGGGGCAAAGACCCCGCUGGAAAUAAAGGCCAAGCAGAGGCUGUGACAGUGCAGGGGCACUAAAGUGAAACAAAAAUGGCCUCAUUUGAGGAGAGACCUCGCUGUGGGACACCUCACUAUGCAUUUUACCUCCCUCUGUGUCGGCACCCGAUCCUGAUGGUGAGAGGGAAUUCCUUGGAGCAGAGGCCAGAAAUGCCUCAUGAUCAUUGUGAUUGUAGAGCACCCCAUAGAAACUGGAAAUCUUCACAACCAACAAGGAAAUUGAGGGUUGGAAUGGCUGUGGGUCAUCAAGAGACAGAGACUUUGGGGUUGGAAAAGCUGGGUUUGUCAGGCUGGGUAAGGUGGGUGUCACUGCAGCAGUUUUCACUAAGGACUAAAUUCUUCAUUCAACACAUUAUGAUUUUGCCAGAAACCUCUAAAUGUUCCCCAAAUACAAGUUGUGCACGUGGGAUGGUUCCACAGGAGCUGGGAUAAGGCCAUGGUGUGACAUGUGGGUAUGGAAAAGGGGACAGGGACGGGCACAGGGGACAGUGAGGAGCUCACGGGUGAGCUUUGGCUGCACAUCACAAAUGUGGGAGAGUCUUUUUGGGCUCAGUUUUGACCUUUUCAGGCUGACACUACUUUUCCCAAGUCUGCCCAGUCYAGGAUCCUUUCCCCCUUCCCGUCCUUUCCUUUCCUCCUUUGUUGUUUGGAAUUAUUUUCAUCCUGCCCGGUAGUUUUGCUGCUGUUUUUUGGUCAGAAGUGGGGUUUUCUGMCAGCCCCCUGCUCUGCCACCAGCUUGCUGCUGCUUUGCAAGGUGAGUCCCUCAUGGUUUGGUGCCAUCCCCUCUGCCCCCGUGUGAGGAAAACAAUGCUUGGCUCAGGGCAGCAGGGAGCUUCACUUGGGAAAAUACUUCAGAAAGGGAAAUGUUAUUGUCCCACUGCGUUCUGGGUUCMUGAAAAAAGAUCCUUUGGUCACAGAGAGAGCGUCUAGGCUGUGUCAACAUGCUUUCCUGCUCCUGGAAGAGGGAAAUGGGACUGUCACUGCAGUGAAUUUCUUUCAGGUGAGAGCAGAAGCCCCUGAGUUGUCCUGAGUUGUUUGGGCAGUCCCACAAUCUGUGUCACAGCUCAUUUUGGGGCUUUUGUGGCUGCUCAGAGGAGGAGAGCUCAGCUGCCAGCAGGAACAUCCUCCCCAGGCUUUGCUCCGUGUGUGUGUGUGUGUGUGGUUAAAUCUCGCUGUUGGUUUCACUCUAUAAAAGCUGAAUGUAAAUGAAAAGAGUCGAUUCCAGCCCCAAGCUGUGGCAGCUCCGUGGUUCCAGGGCCSUGUGGGGUCGGAGCUGCCCUCCUGCACUGCACCAUGUGUGGUUCCAUAGUCUAGUAAUAAACCGUGGUGAGUUUGGAUGCCAUCUGUGCCAAUCAAAAGCUAUUAAAGAUGUUAUUUUUAUGUCCCA